AUUAUAUAGCUCAUAUACUGUCUAUGUAUUUGUUUUCAGCUUGAAUUUAUUGAUGACAUUUAAAUGCGUCUUUUUUUUUUUAUUGCUAGGGGCACUUUAGGGCCUCCAAAGAGUAGUCAUACACCUCUAUAUUUACAGGCUAUGAUAAUCAUAAAUGUCCAAAAGUAAAUAUUGUAAAGUUAGACUAAAUCUCUAGUAGAGAGAAAAGUGAAAGAAAUAUAAAUAUUUGUCCGAACGGUUUUCAAACCUAUAACGCGAUUUAAAUAAGAUAAAACACAGAAACUAAGAAUUCCUUGGUAAACAUUGAAUUUUCCAAUUCAUCUGCCUCCUUUUUAUUUUGUGCAGGAAGGACGUCCCCGACGUUUUAUGCAGGCCAAUAGCCAACGAGGGGUGGAGAGAUCGCGGCGUUUUAAAGAGUUUACGUUUUGAUGAGCUUGUCAAAGUUGUCAGGCAUUGGGGAAGAAUGUGAAAGGCAAUGGAAUCUCCGCACCAGAUUAUUUCAGUGACGGAACUUAAUUCGUUUUCCUGGAGGUCCAGUCAGCUCUGCGCGCCUUUACGCACUUGGAGAGCUCUUCGGGAACUUUGGUGACGCUACAAUAAGUCCAAUAAAACUAUGGCCGAGGAGAACAACUCGCUGACUGGGGAUCCAUGCAGUCCACAGAGCUGCGACAGCUCCGCGCCUCGGCAUGAACUAGACCAAGAACCUGUGAACUCUCCUGCUGGAUCUGAUGCGCUGGUAGCGGCCCGUUCGCUCUCUAUGACGCGCGGAGCGGAGAGCUAUCCGGAGGACGAGCGGUUCCCCGCCUGCAUCAGGGACGCGGUGUCGCAGGUGCUGAAAGGUUACGAUUGGUCGCUGGUGCCCAUGCCGAGUCAGGGGGAGAGGGGGUUAAAGAGCAAACCUCACGUAAAGAGGCCGAUGAACGCCUUCAUGGUAUGGGCGCAGGCGGCGCGGAGGAAGCUGGCCGACCAGUAUCCUCAUCUGCACAAUGCUGAACUGAGCAAAACGCUGGGCAAGCUGUGGCGGCUUCUCUCCCAAACAGAAAGGCGGCCAUUUGUUGAGGAGGCUGAAAGGCUGAGACUGCAACACAAGAGAGACUAUCCGAACUACAAGUACCAGCCUCGGAGACGCAAAAGUACUAAACCGGGCCAAGGGGAACCAAGACCUGGACUGGUCCAACAGCAGCAGCAGCAGGGCUUUUAUAAGACGGAAGCUGGGUUGGCCCGGCUGGGUGGCGUUGGAGGGGCGCCCAAACAUUACCAUCCAGACAGGCCAGGUGGACACCCUCAUGGUCCCCCAACACCUCCAACCACACCUAAAACUGAGCUGUACAUGGAGAACAAGCACAAGGGCCAACAACCUGUUGACAGCAGCUCUGCUGUUCAUUCCCACCGCAACAUCGACUUCAGCAAUUUGGACAUUUCAGAGCUCAGCACAGAUGUCAUCGGUACCAUGGAAGGCUUUGAUGUGCACGAGCUGGACCAGUACCUGCCUCCGAACAGCCACAAUACAACCCUUCUAACCCAGAUGGAAACCAGCAGCCCAUCUGGAUCAUACGUCCCCCAAAGCACCCAAACUCACUCUGACGGCAUAAUCAACUUCUCACUCAAAACAUCUGAUGGGAUUUCAACAGAGGUGCCACAGGAGGACAGCAGCCAAAAACCUCAGAUUAAAACAGAGCAGAUGAGCCCGGGCCAUUACAGCUCUUCGCCCUCCUCUUCUACUCCUCCACCACCCUCACACCAACCUCAGCACACCUCUCUUAACUCAAGCGUUUGCUCUUCCUCCCCCCCCUCCACCACAUCUUCUCCUAAUCCAUCAGACUAUACUGACCUUCAGAACGCCAGCUUCUACAGCUCGUUUUCAGGUUACUCUGCUAGCCUGUACCAGUAUCCAUACUUUCACUCCUCCCACAGGUCGUAUGCCACGCCACUAAUCAACAGCCUGGCCUUGGCGCCACCUCCACACAGUCCUCCCUCUGUCUGGGAGCAGCCUGUCUAUGCAACACUCUCCAGGCCUUGACAGGACUGAAGUCUGGUCACAGCCUCAAUUGCAGCACUCUGACAUUUAUCGAAAUUUUUACCAGGUUCUUUGAAAAAUAUCACUGGCUAAUCACUAAGUGUUUGUUGUCAUGCAAAAGAAAUCUUAAGACAAGGUCCUAGGAAUGUGUUUUAAAUUGGACCUCUUGAGAGGGCAAAUCAGUGAAAUUCUCCGAACUGUUCUGUACUCCACCUUAAAGAAAUACUGGCUGAGUGAAAAACUUUCCAUAUGUUAAAGACAUUAUGAUUUAUGAUGAAGAAUAAAUGAUUUGUGUAAAUCCUAUUUUCAACUAAUGUAAUGGUCUCUCUUAAUUUCAGCAGCUGAUCUCCAGAUGUUGAGACUAUCCCUCUUCCUCUAGCUCUUAGUGGAAACAGAGCAGUGAUAAUUGGUCAGAAUAUGGGCAGUCAAGACAGGUUUGAUUCUAUGGUAUAAACUGGAUGCACUUCAUUCUAUUAAAUUCAUAUGCUAGUUAUCUUGAGUUAUGACCUCUUAUGGGAUUUUCAGUUUGUGAUGAUGCUUUAUAUGUGGUACAGAUGGGUGCUGGUCAUUUUGUUCAUUUCUAGUUUUAGCUACUUUUUACUCGACUUCUUAGGGAAUGAAGGCAUCUUCAUUUCCUGCCACUGGACAAUAACUCGACUGUUUGCCAGGAUUGUUUCAUACCUGCUUUGUCAACUGGGAAUGGAAAUGUGGUGAUGUUACUCUAAUACAUACUAUCUCCCUGAAGGAGGUAGCUAAUAGUUAUAUAGUUUUAUCGGCUGUUGUAUUCUGUCAUAUUUUAGAAGAGCCAACUGGUUCAAAUAAGGUUUAAAACCACAAUAUGUGGAAAUAAGUGGUUUUCAGUAGUUUACAGUGUACAAUUAAAUUAAAUGUAAGAUUUAAGCUUU